CCGAAGCGGCUAGCGGUCGACCGCGUUACGUGAGACAGUUCCCACGUCAGAAACUUUACGUGUAUCAUAACAAAGUUAAAAGCUUUGUUAGCGAUAAUUUAAAACAUUUGUGUAUUUGUUUUAGUGAAAAGUAUUCAGUGCGAUUUACGCUUUAUUGUGGUAAGACACAAAAUGAGGCUAGAAUUCAAAAAAAUCUAUUGGCAGUCUCAAUCUAUGACAACAUGAAGAUUUAACAUCAUCAAUAUUUCCAUAGACAAGUAAAGAUCGUCCAUAGAGGAAUUAAUAAUGAAUUUCAAAAUAAUAUCCAUCCUUCUUACAUGGAAUUUCCUCUUGAUUUCUGCGAAGAGAGAUUCCCUUGAAGAUGACACGUCAAGGGCCAGAGAGUUAAGAAAUAAAGAAAAUAAUAGAAACCGGACUACAUUUAAUGGGACGUUAACGGAUUUACCAGAAAGAAGGUACCUCAGACACAGAAAUAGUUCAAGGUUCCGUGGAGACAGGCGUAGAUUUUGGGAGCAAGAAGUGAGACGUGAUCGCCGAAAGGGCUCAGACUCUACCGAGGAUAUCAACAGAACAGAUCCCUUCAACCUUAAAAAUGAGAAAAGAAAAGAGAAACACGCAAAGGGCACAACCGAAAAAGCUUUUGACAGGCGCAAACCACUCCACAAAUCCCCAGAAAGAGCGCCACCAAAAGAAAAUACCACGCGGUUCAAACCAAAAUCCGCAAAUAAAUGGCAAAACGGAGGUUUUAUACCAUACCCACAGCCGAGAGAGAAAAAGCCUAAUAUCAUUUUAAUUCUGACUGAUGAUCAAGAUGUGGAGCUCGGCAGUUUAAAUUUUAUGCCACGUACAAUGAAAGCAAUAAGAAGUGCCGGUGCGGAGUUUCGUCACGCCUACACGACUACGCCAAUGUGCUGUCCAUCACGGAGUUCCCUGCUCACUGGAAUUUACGUCCAUAAUCACAACGUGUUUACAAACAAUGACAACUGUUCUUCUCCGAUGUGGCAAGCCAAGCAUGAAACUAACACCUUUGCUACCUACCUGUCCAAUGCUGGAUAUCGUACAGGUUAUUUCGGCAAGUAUUUGAACAAAUACAACGGAUCCUACAUACCGCCAGGAUGGCGUGAGUGGGGUGGCCUCAUCAUGAACUCAAAGUAUUACAACUACAGCAUCAAUAUGAAUGGAAAGAAGAUCAAACACGGCGAUGACUACUUUAAGGAUUACUAUCCAGACCUGAUCGCGAACGAUUCAAUAGCGUUUUUGAGAGCGUCGAAACGAAGGUUUACCAGAAAGCCAGUGCUACUGGUCAUGUCUUUCCCGGCACCUCAUGGUCCAGAGGACUCGGCGCCACAGUAUUCGCAUCUGUUCUUUAAUGUCACAACACACCAUACACCUACGUAUGACAUGGCGCCAAAUCCUGACAAGCAGUGGAUUUUGCGAGUGACAGAGAAAAUGAAACCUAUUCAUCGCCAGUUCACAGAUCUUUUGAUGACGAAGAGGUUACAAACAUUACAAAGCGUAGAUUUGGCCGUUGAACGUGUUUAUCAAGAAUUGAAGGCUCUCGGUGAAUUGGAUAAUACCUACUUGGUCUAUACAUCAGAUCAUGGCUACCAUCUUGGUCAAUUUGGGCUUGUAAAGGGGAAAAGUUUUCCAUUUGAGUUCGAUAUCAGAGUGCCGUUCCUUGUUCGAGGACCGGGUGUUGAACCUGGCACUGUAGUGGAUGAUAUAGUAUUAAACAUCGACCUAGCACCGACAUUCUUGGACAUGGGUGGAGUGGAUUUACCAGCUCACAUGGAUGGAAGGUCACUUCUUCCACUUCUGCAGCCUCGGAGGCGACGCACUGCCGCUCGCUGGCCCGAUACAUUUUUGGUAGAAAGUUCUGGCCGUCGCGAAACUCAAGCGCAUAUAAUGGAAGAACGAAUGCGUGCGCAGAAAUACAGCCGCUUAAUGAAUGAAAAAGCAACAACAGUACUGCCGUUUGAGUCAUCAUCAGAGGGUAUAGAUUUUGACGACGAUUCCGAUGAUGACUUCCUGGAAAUUGAGGAUGAUGAUGAUAACACCUCUGAUAUGAAGUCUUCGGAGCCGCUCAUGUCAAAUGAAAGCCAUAAUCCAAUUUUGGAGGCGAGUUUGGAAAAAGUGCUCGAAGAUGAUGCAGCUUCAAAUGAACAAAGUUAUUUCUUAGAAUCUGUGGAAUCCAGUAUGAUCAACGGCAAAGCAGCGCGUAUAGCUGCCGAAUGUUCUAAGGCAGAACUAAGGGCGCCAUGUUCUGAUAAACGUAAAUGGAAAUGUGUGCUCGUUAACGGACGAUGGAGAAAACACAAAUGCAAAUAUGAGCCGGAAGUUCCAGAACCAAAAAUGAGCACAAAGAAAUGUGCCUGUUUCACCCCCAGUGGGUUAGUUUAUACUAGACUAGAAACUGAUGGUAAUAUAGCUCGACGACCAGUCGAUAUAAAGAAAUACAAUAUGACACGAUUGAAGCGGUCAACAGACAAUGACGUGUUCGAACCGAAUACUGUAGACACUAUACUAGAAGAAAACCCUAGUAUUGGUCAUCUAGGUUUUGUAAAUGAGCCAUUAAAUGCAAUAGAUAAAAAGAGUGUUGAAGACAAAAUAGACAAACUUAUUAAAGAGACUGAAGCAUUCCUAGAAGCUUACGAACGUACCAAAGAAAAUAUAGAUCACCGAAGAAUUAAGAGGAAAGCUCAACAUAAACAUAAACAAAAGAAUGACGCUAUGCUAAAUGACAAUGAAACGACAUUAGAGUGCAAAGUUGAGAAAGAUGGAACAGUUAACUGCUCUCAAGUAAUAUAUAAUGACUUAAAAGCCUGGCAUACUAACAGAUUAAGCUUAGAAGAUCAAAUAAGGCAGCUAAAAACAAAGUUGGAGGACUUAAAAGAAAUAAAGAGACAUUUGAAAAUAAGUAAACCUGCUCAAAUAGAAGUACAGACAAUAAAUCCAUCAUUCAUUAUAAAUCGUGUUCAAAACAAAACUGCGGCUCAAGAAAAUAAGGAGCCAGGACGUAAGCCUCGUCCAAACAGAAUGAAACCGAAACACAGAAACCCCAAUUACUAUGAAAAGAAGUUGAAGCAUACAAACGAAUAUAGUAUCCCUACUGUUAAUACAAAUACACGAGAUGGUUUAUUUCAAACACAAUUAAAGAACGAAGCAUCUACGGAAUCAACUUUUGAUCACUCUAUUAAUAGCAGCGAUUUAAUCAGUCCUCUAAUUGAAGAGCUACCUAAACCACAAGUCACUACCAUUAUUACAGAUAAUGAAAAAUACAUAGACGAUAUCGGCACGAUUAAAAGUAGCACGCCAAACGAAGUCACCACAGAAUAUGAAAGAAUGAUAGAACUAUCCAGCAUAGAUAAUGCAGAUAAACCAACAUCUACUGAUAGAAGCACUCCAAGUUAUUUAUACACGACUUUAAAAUAUUUCCACACCGAAACAGACAAAAUUCUAACGAAUCAUAAUGUUACAAAUAUAUCGAACGCUGAGAAAACAACAGCAGCACCUCACUUUGUUUCUAAACUGAAACCCAUUGCAACAACAUCUAGCAGUUUGGGGCCAACAAGAUUUGAUGCAUCGGAAUACGAAAAACAAAAUCCUAACAGAGGACCACCUAGUAACAUGGGUAUCUUUGAUCACCCAACUGAUGUGUUUCAAAGGCGACUUCAUCCAUUAUUUAUUGAAAACGAAGAUAAACACGUAUGUUAUUGUGAAGAAAAUCGACAAACUAAACUCAAAGGACCCGGUCAAGCCUAUAUAGAAGCAGCUCAAAAAGCGAAAGAGGAAAGGCGAAGGCUGAAAGAGCAGAGGUUACGCAAAAAGCUAAGAAAAGCUAAAAAGAAGGCUGAAUUGGAGAGGCUAUGCGAGUCGGAGCGAAUGAAUUGUUUCCGGCAUGACAAUGAGCAUUGGAGAACAGCUCCUUUGUGGACGGCUGGACCAUUUUGUUUUUGUAUGAGCGCUUCGAAUAACACGUACAACUGUGUACGAACAAUUAAUGCUACACACAAUUUGCUAUAUUGCGAAUUCGUGACCGGACUCAUCACAUAUUAUAAUUUAAGAAUUGAUCCAUUUGAAACACAGAAUAGAGUGAAAUAUUUGUCGACAGCUGAAAAGGAAUAUUUCCACAACCAACUUCAGAAACUGCUAAGUUGCCGGGGUCCCUCUUGCAGGAGAUAUUCCCAUUCUUCUGGAGACAGCAAUGAUGAUAUGACACGGCGUUAUAUAGACGACCACAUUACAUACAGAGGAGAUAGUCCAGGCUAUAGCGAGAGAGCUUGGAGAUGGAGUGGCUAUGGGAGACGCUUUGCGAGAGCGCGGGAUAUACAUCGUCGCCGACACACUAUGGCGUAUUAGUCAAAAUUAAUUUAUUUUGUUAAAACUUUAGAACUAGACGCCCUGAAAGUACUCUUCUUAAUUCUUAUGUACACAGGCAGACUGAAAAAGUUCACACAACGAUUCUUAAAGGGCUUCCGAAAAUCCAUAUUAUAUUCAUAGAGAAUAGACUGAGCUGUCAAAACUUAUGACAGUUACGUCACGUCUUCUUUAGCAUUAGGUAUGGACAAGACCUAGCAAAAAUAUUGGUGUGGCCUAGUACCGCAAUAUAGUAUAGUAUCGGAGACAUUAACUGAUGCCUGGGACGUCAUUUGUAUAAUAAUUAGGUAACGUGGGGAAUUAAAAUACACUUUUAAAAACAAAAUGGAAGUUUUAACGGUUGGGUUGAUAGUUAUUGAUCAUACUGCACUAAUCCCAAUCAAGUGUCAGAUUCAGUCCACAACUAUACGUUCUAACUUCCCGAUAAAAUUAUCACUAGAAAAUUUGCCUAGCUCAAUCUUUUAUCUACUCUAUGUAUUAAUAAAUGCAUUACUUAAGUCAACCUACGUAUUGUAGAUCUCUGUAUUUUUUAUCUGUGAUUCUUCAGUGUGUCUUAUGUACCAAAAAUUUGUUUAUAUAGACGUGAUUUGAGACUGCAAAUACAGUAACAGUAUUUAGUGAUCAUAAAGAACGUUCGGUUACUACUAAAAAGAAGCAAGACCUACUAAGAGAUUUUUUAAACAUGUAACACAUAGAAAUUAAAAGAAAACAGUAUUUCCACAAACACACCAUUUAAGGGAAUCGUGCGUUUUACCUACCAAGUCAGAUAGUAUUGCAGCUGCUUAUAGCAUUUCUUGAAUCCUUAAAUAAAUUAAUUUAAGGAUAAAUUACUUUAAAACUACUUACAUAUCUGAUUUAGUAAUUAAAACUGGGACGUCAAUAUGACGCGAGCAACAACUUUGUAGCAUAAAUAACCUGAAAUAUAUAAACUAUACACAUGACACUGCCUGAAGUAUUAUAUCUCAAAUAUACAAUGUAACAUUAGUUUUUAUGGAGUUUGCAUUUUCUACACUAUUUUAGCUAUACUAUCUUUCUAUGUGAUGCAGUUUAUAUGUAAAACAUAUGUAGCCAGUAUGUAUUAGUAUUAAAAAGUGAUAUAUAAUGCCAUGAGAUGAGUGUUUGUUUAUUUAAAUGCAGAAAGUAGUUGUGUACUAAGGUUUUACAAAUACAUAUAGGCAUGCAUCCAUGUAAACACCUCUGUGUAUUUGGUUAUAAAUAAAAUUAUAAAACUUA